AUGGCUGGAUCUGGAAGCUCAGAGGCUAGAAUCCCAAUUUUCUCUGGUGAGAACUAUGAGUUUUGGAGGAUUAAGAUGGUUACCAUAUUCAAAUCAUAUGGUUUAUGGGUUUUGGUAGAGAAGGGGUUUACAAUCCCAGAUUCAAAGAAGAAGGAAUCUGAGGAUGUUUCAGGAGAAGAAGUUGAUGAGAAAGCAGCUGCCAUUCUCAUGAGGGAUGUGAAAGCUCUUGGAAUUAUCCAAAAUGCAGUUUUUGAUCAGAUUUUUCCCAGGAUUGCAAAUGCUGACUCUGCAAAGAUGGCUUGGGAUCUGCUGUACUCAGAAUACCAUGGUGGAGAGCAUGUUAGAUCGGUAAAACUUCAAAACCUCAGACGUGAAUUUGAGUACACUAGGAUGCGUGAUAAUGAAGCCUUAUCUGAUUAUCUUACUAGACUAAAUGAAUUGAUCAACCAAAUGAAAACAUUUGGUGAAGUUCUGUCAAAUGAGAGGCAGGUUCAGAAGGUGUUAAUUAGUCUUAGUAAGAAGUAUGAUCCUAUAUGUCUUGUGAUUGAAAACACAAAGACUCUAGAAACUGUGGAGUUGCAGGAAGUGAUUGCCAUUUUGAAGAGUCAAGAACAAAGACUUGAAAUGCAUAAUGUUGAUACAGCUGAGAAGGCAUUUGCCUCAUUCAUUGUGAAUCCCAAAGGUCAGAAUAAAAAUGGAUCUCAGUCUAGUUCAUCCAAGUCACAGGGAAAUUGGCAUUCUAAAGGAAAGCCAUGGGAGUCAAAAGGCAAGUCACAGCUGAACAAUUAUCCUGCACAGAAUGUCAAUUCUACAAAUCAGGAGAAUGCAAAACCUCAAUGCAAGGUGUGUUCAAAGCAUCAUUUUGGUGAGUGUAGAUACAAGGGGAAACCAAAAUGCUAUAACUGUGAUAGGUUUGGACAUUUUGCUAGGGACUGUACUGUGAAUAAAAAUGUGCAGAAGGCAAACUAUUUAAACCAAAUAGAUGUGACAGGGAAUCUGUUUUAUGCCAAUUGCACAACCACUGAGAUCAAAACCAAUGGAGAAUGGUAUGUUGAUAGUGGCUGUAGCAAUCAUAUGACCGGAGAUUUAAAACUGCUGGUUGAUGUGAGAACUAAUGUGACAGGGAAGGUACAAAUGCCAACAGGUACACUUGUAAAUGUUGCUGGCAUUGGUUCACUGAUGAUUGACACAGAAAAGGGUAGGAAAUACAUCAGAGAAGUAAUGUACCUGCCAGGGUUAAAGGAAAACUUGCUGAGUGUUGGACAGAUGGAUCAACAUGGAUAUUGUCUGGUGUUUGGAGAAGGAAUGUGCAGGGUGUUUGAUAGUCCAUCUAUGGAUUAUCUAAUCAUCAAAGUACCAAUGAAGAGUAACAGAUGCUAUCCAGUAUCUUUUCUUGCUGACAACCAGCUACUCAUGAAAACCAGUUUCACUCAAUGCACAUGGAUGUGGCAUAAGAGACUAGGUCACUUGCACUUUAAAGGUCUGAAACAGUUAAGAGAGAAAGACAUGGUGCAUGGUUUACCACAAUUGGAAGAACAAAGUGGUGUGUGUGAAGGGUGCCAAUUGGGAAAACAACAUAGGGUUGUGUUUCCAAAGGAACAAGCUCAAAGAGCAAGCAAGGCACUUGAAUUGGUGCAUAUAGAGCUUUGUGGUCCUAUGAGAAAUGAAUCAGUUGCAAGGAACAAAUAUUUCAUGCUGAUUAUAGAUGAUUUCACAAGAAUGAUUUGGGUAUACUUCUUAAGAAACAAAUCAGAAGCUUUCAGCUGUUUCAAGAAGUUCAAGUCUAUGACUGAAUUACAAACUGGACACCAAGUGAAAUGCAUAAGAAGUGACAGAGGUGGAGAGUUUCUAUCUACUGAAUUUGUGGAGUUUUGUGAAGCUCACGGCAUUCAAAGGCAGCUUACAAUGGCCUAUACUCCUCAGCAAAAUGGAGUGGUAGAGAGAAAGAAUAGGACUGUCAUUGAGAUGGAAAAAUCAAUGUUACAUGAUAAGGGAAUGCCUUAUUUCUUAUGGGCAGAAGCAGUGCAUACAACUGUUUAUUUGCUGAACAGAUGUCCUACCAAAGCUCUCCAUAACAUUACCCCAUUUGAAUCAUAUAGUGGAAGGAAGCCUGGAAUUGCACAUCUGAAAGUUUUCGGUUCUCUGUGUUAUGUUCAUGUACCAGCUGAAUUGAGGCACAAGUUGGAUCCUAAGAGUACAAAGGGAGUGUUUGUGGGAUAUGCCACUUGUGAAAAAGGCUAUAGAGUUUUUGAUCCAAUCUCUAACAAGCUGAUAUUGUCAAGGGAUGUGACAUUCGAUGAGUAA